AAAAGCAGAUGUGAAGUCUCUCAUGGCGAAGUUUAACACAGGGGGCAACCCGACAGAGGAGGUCUCGGUCAGCAGCCGACCCUUCAAAGUCACGGGGCAAAAUUCACCUUUAGGAGUACAAGCAAAAAAGAACUUAUUCAACAACCAAGGAAAUGCCAGCCCUCCAGCAGGACCCAACAACACAUCAAAGUUUGGGUCUCCAAAGCCACCUGUGGGAGUGAAACCUUCUUCUGAGGAAAAGCCUGACAAGGAGCCCAAGCCCCCGUUUUUAAAGCCCACAGGAGUGGGCCAAAGAUUCGGAUCACCAGCAGUCUCAGCUACCAGAGACCCUGAGGUAAAAGCGGGAUUUCUGAAGCCUGUAGGUCCCAAGCCUAUCAACUUUCCCAAAGAAGAUUCUAAACCUGUUUUUCCCCGGCCUCCUGGGAAUAAGCCUUCGCUUCACAGUGUAAACCAAGACCAUGACUUAAAGCUGCCAGGCCCAAAGCCCGGCUCUAAUCCUCCAGCCCAGGAAAAUGAUCAGAAACAAGUGUUUCCAAAGUUGUCUGCGGUUCAAGGCAAGUUCGCAUCGGCCUCUCAAGAUCAUGACCCCAAGCCCCAAUUCCCCAAACCCGUCUUUGGCCAGAAGCCAUCCCUGAGUAUUGAAGACCCUCAUGAGGUCGAGAGCCCCACUAAGAAUGCAUCUCCACAGAGAGGACCCCCGGUCCCUCUGGGAGUCAAGCCUAAAACUGGCCCUUUAAAGCCAGCAAGGGAAGACUCAGAAAACAAAGACCAUGAAGGCGAGACAUCAAGUUCACCUUUUCUUGGAGUGGUUCUGAAACCCUCUGCAAGCAGAGGAAUCCCAAGCCUCUCAAAAAAUGCUGAAGAAAAGAAAGAAGACAGAAAGAUAGAUGCUACUAAGAAUGUAUUCCUGAACAAAAUAAAUCAGGAAGAGUCAGCCUCUGGUGCUCCUCCUGCCAAGUUUCCUAAGCCACCUUCUAAGGUGACGAUGGCAGGGCCUUGGGGCCAAAGCCAGGAAAAGGAAGACAAGAAUUCGGCCGCCCCUAAGCAGAAGCCCCUUCCUCCCUUGUUUCUCUUGGGGCCACCUCCACCAAAACCCAGUAGACCACCAAAUGUCGACCUGACGAAAUUCCGAAAAGCUGUUUCUGGAAACAGUACCAGCAAAAGCCAAACGUCUUACUCAACAACUUCCUUACCACCACCUCCACCACCCCAUCCGGCCAGCCAGCCACCACUGCCAGCAUCUCACCCAACACAACCACCAGUCCCAAGUCUACCUCCCAGAAACAUUAAACCUCCCUUAGAUCUAAAAAGCCCUAAAAAUGAAGAAAAUCAAGAUGAUAUCAUGCAUUCUAAUGGUACUGGAAAUCUAAAUGAGGAAGAAAGUGAAGGAGAAACAUAUGAAGACAUAGAAGCAUCCAAAGAACGAGAGAAGAAAAGGGAAAAGGAGGAAAAGAAGAGAUUAGAGCUGGAGAAAAAGGAACAGAAAGAGAGAGAAAAGAAAGAACAAGAGAUAAAGAAGAAAUUUAAACUAACCGGCCCUAUUCAAGUCAUCCACCUAGCAAAAGCUUGCUGCGAUGUCAAAGGAGGAAAGAAUGAACUGAGCUUCAAGCAAGGAGAGCAAAUUGAAAUAAUCCGCAUCACAGACAAUCCUGAGGGGAAAUGGUUGGGCAGAACAGCAAGGGGGUCAUAUGGCUAUAUUAAAACCACUGCUGUAGAUAUUGACUAUGAUUCCUUGAAACGGAAAAAAACCUCUCUCAGCCCUCUGUCAUCAAGACAUAUUGAAGACGACCAAGAAGUGUACGAUGAUGUUGCAGAGCAGGAUGAGGCUAGCAGCCACAGUCAAAGUGGAAGUGGAGGGAUGUUCCCACCUCCCCCAGAUGAUAUUUAUGAUGGGAUUGAAGAGGAACAUGCUGAUGAUGGCUCCACGUUACAGGUUGAAGAGAAGAUUAACUCAUGGUCCUGGGGGAUUUUGAAGAUGUUAAAGGGAAAAGAUGACAAAAAGAAAAGUAUACGAGAGAAACCUAAAGUCUCUGAGUCAGACAAUAAUGAAGGUUCAUUUUUCCCUUCUCCUCCUAAACAAUUGGAUGUGGGAGAGGAGGUUUAUGAUGAUGUGGAUGCUUCUGAUAUCCCUGGUCCCUCAGCAGAGAUGAGUCAAGGAACCAAGGCCAAGACAGAAGAAAAAGAUCCUAAGAAGCUAAAAAAGCAGGAAAAAGAAGAAAAAGACUUCAGGAAAAAAUUUAAAUAUGAUGGUGAAAUUAGAGUCCUAUAUACAACUACAAUUGUGCCCUCCUUAACUUCUAAAAAGUGGGGGAACAGAGAUCUGCAGGUAAAGCCUGGUGAAUCUCUUGAAGUUAUACAAAACACAGAUGAUACAAAAGUUCUCUGCAGGAAUGAAGAAGGAAAAUAUGGUUAUGUCCUUCGGAGUAACUUGGCGGACAAUGAUGGAGAAAUCUAUGAUGACAUUGCUGAUGGCUGCAUCUAUGACAAUGACUAGCUCUCAGCUUUGAUCAUUCUGCUACGUUCAUUUGAUGCCAUUAUGAAGUCUGGGUUUUAGUUGGCAUGUGUCAUUGGGUACCAUAGAAAAUGAGUGCACAAAACUACUUAUUAUCAUCUGUUAUAAAAUUUUGAUUAUCUUUAUAAAGUUUUGAAAUUUUGGACUUAGAAAAUGAUCUCUCUACUAAAUUGACAUUUUGGAAGACUGCAUCAAUGCGAUGUAAGAACUAUCAAGUAUCCUAUUUCUGCCUCAGCUACAAUUACGAAGGCGCUUCUGUUAGACCAUCUACAGACAACUGCCCUUUCAAAAAAAAAUAAUUUGAGAAGAAAUGAUUGUGUUGU